AUGAGUAUGGGAUAGGUUCAUCCAAGUUGCUCAUCUCCAAUUGAUACAAAAGAAUAUAAAACAGGAUUAGAGUAUAAUAUCUUUUUUACUUGAAUAGUUCACUCAAACUAUUUAAUACAAUAAGGUAAAGUAGGCAUACAUCAAAAGAAACCACUCUCAUUAUUUCACCUAAACAGUAUAGCUAGAUUUUAUUCAAGUGCAAUAAGCAAUCGAGCAUUUUUAACUCCUAAACGUAGUUAGUUUACUAGUUAAGAUUAAAUUGUUGAGGAAGAUGAUUAUUUUAGAGAUAAAAGAACAAAAAGAAAAUUUGAUAUUGCAUCUAGAAGAUUAAUGAUUCUAUUGUCCUUUUUUAAGCAUAUUAAUCAAACAAAAGAAACAGAUAAAACAUCAUAACUUAAAUAAAUUCAUAAGAAAAGAAAAAAGCUACCGUUCUAUCCAAAUUAAUUGCAAAUUUGGAAAUAAUUUAUGUCAGUGUAAACAUUAAUUACUUUGAUGUUGUAUCCAAUAUACAUUAGUCUGUCAGAUUAUAGUAGUUUAGUAUUCAUAUUAAUCAUUUUAGGAUAUUUUGACCAUUCUUAUUUUAAUAUUGGAUAGUUUAUAUUUUAUUGAUAUCAUUCUAAAAUAAAUAACAUGUCAAAUAGAUAAAAAUUAUAACUUAAUUGAUACAUUCUAAGCCAUUUUCUUAUUUAAUUUAUAGAGAUGGCUAAUAUUUGAUAUACUCAGUAUUAUCCCAUAUAAAUUAUUUGUUAAUAAUUUUAUUGAUUAAUUAUGCUUAAAUCUAUUAAAAUUACUUAGAUUUGUUAAAUAUUUCAGUUACAAUGAAAGAUAAAUAUAUUAAGAAACCUAAACAUCUAAAGAUUAAUCAUAAUAUUUUGAAAAAAUAUUUUAACUUGAUGGAAAAUUAUUAAGUAUUAUUAAAAUAUUCAAAAAUAUGCUCAUUUUAAUAAGUCUUUUUGGAUGUUUAUUUCAUUCUGUAUUAUAAUAUGAUGGAAUCUCAUAAUAAGAAAAUAGUUUAAAAAUCUAUGUUUAAGGUUUAUAUUGGGCUAUUCAAACAGUUACUGUUAUUGGAUAUGGAGAUGUACCAAUCACAACAUCAACAUAAUAUAAUUUAACAAUUAUUUGGAUUUUUGUAGGAGUAGGAUUUUAUUCAUUAACAAUUGGUAAUUUAGCAGCAAUAUUGGAAUAACAAUCUUCAAAUGAAGGUUUUGAUGAAGAUUUAGAAGCACUUGAAACUCUUAUGUCUUAAAUUCUUAUUCCAGAAGAGUUAAGUGCUUAAUUAUUUUCCUAUUAUUAUUAUAAUAUUGAAAACAAUCCAUUUUGGAAUUAUAAGAAGUAUUUAAUUUAUAUAAUAAAGAUGAUAGAAUCAUUGAAACCUUGCCUUCUCAACUUAAAGUAUUUGCUAUAGCAUUUUGUCAAAAAUAAUUAAUCGAAAAUGUAAACAUCUUUUCUUUUGAUAUUAAUUUUGCAGCUGCCAUUUUACCUCACUUUACUAUUUAUUGUUUUAAAUAAUAUGAAACAAUAUAUUUUAAUGGUUCUCCUAGUCUUGAAGUAUUUUUCUUAGUGGCUGGAGAAAUCCGUUUAUGUGAUAAGGAUGGUAAUACUCUUCUUAACAUCCAAGAAGGAUAUAUUUUUGGUGAAAUUGAAAUAUUAGAAGAUAGUUAUAGAAAAUAAUCUGCAAUAGCUGGUAAGGAUUCUGUAGUUAUAAUGUGUCCUGUAUUAUAAUUCUUAUAAUUAGUAUAAGAUGAUGAAAAAUUAUUAUUUGAAAUUGAAUAAUUAGGAUUAAGAAGAAGACUUUUAUUACAAGAAAACAUAUCUAGAAUUAAAAGUAUUUAAUUAUUAUUUAUAUAUUAAUAGAAAAUGCUAAAUAAAUAAAAAGAAUAAGUGCAUUAGAUGGUUAAUUAAUGAAUUAAUAUGUUUCAAAAAAAUAAUUUUUAGAGAGAUAAUUUAAAAGAAACAUUGUUAAGGAUUCUUAUUAAUAAAUACAUAAAAAAUUAAUUAGAUUCAUUUUUGGAUAAAAGUAAGAAAAAAAAUGGAAAUAUCAAGCAAUAUUUAAAAUGGCUGUUAGGAAAAUUAUUGAUCAUAGAAAAUAAGCAUUAUUAUUAUCAAGAAAACCUAGUAUGGUAUUAGGAAAAUAAAUGCUAUAAAAUUUUGCUUAAGUAAGAGAGGAUGAAAAGAAUCUUUAAAAAAAAAUAUUGAAUAAUAAAAAGAGUGGAAAAUAUUAAAAAAGAGUGAAAAUUAAAGAUAUUUUAAAUCAUCAUAGAUAAAGUCGAAUUGCACCUAUGUUAAUCACUCCUUCUCCUUAUUAUGAAGAAAUUAUCAGUGAAGUUAAAGAAGAAAAAUAAUUAUUUAAACAAAAAUAAAAUUUAAUUGCCGAGUUAUCUAACAAACUUAUUAAAAUAAAUUUAACUGGAUAAUUAAAAAUAUUUAAUACUUUAUAUGAAGAACUAAUUUAAAGUAUUGAUAUCUUAAAUGAUAUUAAGUAUUAAACUAUUUAAUCUGUAGAAGAAAUGGAAUCAAUAUAUUAUUAAAUAUCUUUAUUGAUUACAUCUAUUUUUUGA